CCCCGGGAAACCCUAACGCCUCAACGUCUCGCGCCUUCGUCCUUCUCGCGAUUCCCAGAAGGUUGACAAUGGCCGUGUCGAGCGAGCACACCGUGUUGCAGUUCGCGGCUCCGUCUGGGGUUGCGGAAUCGGCGGCGGCGGUGCUAUCGGCGAGGGUUCACCCGCUUGUGAUCUUUAACAUCUGCGACUGCUUCGUGAGACGUCCUGACCAAGCCGAGCGCGUCAUCGGCACUCUCCUCGGAUCUGUCCUACCCGACGGAACCGUCGAUAUCCGCAAUUCUUACGCCGUACCUCACAACGAAUCUACCGAGCAGGUUGCUUUGGAUAUCGAUUACCAUCACAACAUGUUAGCAUCUCACCUAAAGGUGAACCCGAAGGAAGUUAUUGUUGGCUGGUAUUCUACUGGCGUUGGGGUCACUGGUGGUAGUGCACUGAUCCAUGAUUUCUAUUCUAGAGAGGUUCCCAACCCUAUUCACCUCACUGUGGACACAGGGUUCUCCAAUGGGGAGGGUACCAUUAAGGCUUACGUUUCAGUAAAUCUUUCACUUGGCGACCAGCAACUUGCUGCACAAUUUCAAGAGAUUCCUCUUGAUCUCCGUAUGGUUGAAGCUGAGAGAGUUGGAUUUGACCUCCUCAAGAACACAGCAGUAGACAAACUCCCGAGCGAUUUGGAAGGAAUGGAGCUUACAAUGGAAAGGCUAAUAGCUCUAAUCAACGAUGUAUACAAAUACGUCGACAAUGUCGAAGGACGAACAUCUGCAGAUAACAAAAUAGGACGAUGUAUUGCAGAUGCGGUAGCUUCCCUUCCGAAAUUUCCACCACAGGCCUUUGAUAAGCUCGUGAAUGACAGCCUUCAGGACCAGUUGUUGUUGUUGUAUCUUUCGAGCAUAACCAGGACGCAGCUCAGCCUGGCCGAGAAGCUUAACACAGCUGCCCAAUUGCUGUAAUCUCUCUCUCUCUCUCUUUUGUGCGUACGGAACAGAUACAUUCGACGAGUCGAAUGCAAUCUUUGUUACGGUCUGAGUAAAAUAUUGUUCCAUAAAGAAUGGCCAUUUUAUAAAGCAACCAUCUUUAUGAUCACCUA